GAGACUAGUGUUCAGAAGCAGCUGAUCGUGCAGCAUCACAGUCGCAAUGUCAUCCGAGGAGCUCGCACGGAAGCUGCAGCGCAGGCUGGACGGGGAGCAGCGUGACCCCAAACCCGGCUCACCGGCGCAGACUGGAGCGGACGAGGAGCCGCCGCAGCCGGUGAGAGCCAGCUCUGCUGCCGUGAACGGCGACGCCAGCUCUGAACUGACGGAGAAACUCAGCCGCAGGCUGGACAUCCACGACGGCACGGCGAAACCCAAGCAGAUGAAGGUUUUCAACCCCUACACCGAGUUUAAAGAGUUCUCGCGCAAACAGAUCAAAGACAUGGAGAAAAUGUUCAAGAGGUUUGACUCUGGUAAAGACGGCUUCAUUGAUCUGAUGGAGCUGAAGCUGAUGAUGGAGAAACUCGGAGCUCCACAGACACAUCUGGGCUUGAAGAACAUGAUCAAGGAGGUGGAUGAAGAUUAUGACGGCAAACUCAGUUACAGAGAGUUCCUGCUGAUCUUCCGGAGGGCCGCAGCAGGUGAGCUGCAGGAGGAGAGCGGUCUGAUGGCUCUCGCUCGACUUUCAGAGAUCGACGUCUCGACCGAAGGCGUUCUUGGAGCCAGGGAUUUCUUUGAGGCAAAGGUUCAGGCUCUGUCUGUGCGCAGUAAGUUUGAAGCAGAGAUACGAGAGGAACAAGAAGAGAAGAAGAGGAUGGAACUGGAAAGACAACAACGGCGUGCUGCAUUUAAAGAGCUGCAGUCCACAUUCUGCUCCUAAAACUGUAGUUCAGCAGAUCUCCGCCUUUUAGAGAGCACAGUAUACUUGCACACGAGCACAUACACGCAUGCACACACUGCUUCUCAUACCUCACACCUAUGUGUAAUCAAAACCACAGCUGAACACUGAACAAGUAGCAUUAGCGUUAUAAAAUAUGCAUGAGGAAUUUGUUUCGUGGGUGAUGGCUGCGGAGAAGACGAGAUGACGCGAGUGAAAUUUCAGGAGACUUCUAAUGUAGGACUUAAACUCUUAUAGACUAGAUUUAAUCUAAGCAACUAUAUAUUUUUAGAAACAAAAAAAGUUUAUAGUAAAGUUAUUAAGUGUUAAUCAUAAUUUUAAGUACAUGCAAAGAUGGUGUCGUGGACUAAAUACUGAUUAUGACCAAUUGAGAAAAAAGAAACCAUGGAAAUAAAGGGUCAAGAAAUAUGUUUAUUUUUUAUAGAUUUUAAUCAUGCACUUUGUUCCGUUUUCUUUUUCUUUUCUUUUUUUGUUAACUGCUUUCUACAUAUUUUCAUAAAAUCUACCUGUAACUCUAAUGUUUUGCCAAUUACGUAAAGCCCAUUAAAUUACUGUAUUUUUCCAAAAAAAAAAAAAUAGAUAUAAUAUGUAUAAUUCCAUAUGUGCUAAAUGUAAUAAUUGUUGUAUCUGUGGCAUUUCUUUUCUCUAAAGAGCCUUUAGAUGGCAGCACAGGAUUUGGUCAACAACACACACAAAAGAAGUGGUUUGAUGACAUAAGUUGUGUUAACUAUGUAAUAUUUACUGCUAAUAAAGCAUAAAGUGUUCUGUAAGGAAUAAAAAACAAAAACCAC